AUGGCUGUCAGUAUCGACAACAUGAGUGCGGCAUCGACAAGCAGCCCGCGAGCGAGAUGGAAGUACCUGGACAACUUCCUUACUCGCAAGGGCCCAUUCACAGAUGAUGAAGCUUUCAUGGCCGGCGAACAAGUUAUCGAGUAUCUGAGUAAUCUUAAAGUUCUUGUUAUCGGAGCUGGUGGUCUAGGAUGCGAAAUCCUCAAGAAUCUUGCCCUAUCAGGUUUCAAAGACAUUCACGUUAUCGAUAUGGAUACCAUUGACGUCAGCAACCUGAACCGACAAUUCCUAUUCCGCGCCUCGGAUGUGGGAAAAUACAAGGCCGAAACAGCUGCUGCUUUUGUCGAGAAGCGUGUUAAGGGCGUCAAGAUCACUCCCUACUGUGGCAAAAUCCAGGACAAGGACGAAAGCUACUACAUGCAAUUCGGUCUCAUCGUAUGCGGUCUGGAUUCCAUAGAAGCGAGACGAUGGAUCAACGCAACUUUGGUGGGGAUGGUGGAUGAGAACGACCCGGAUUCGAUGAAGCCGUUAAUCGACGGAGGAACGGAGGGUUUCAAGGGCCAAGCACGUGUCAUCUUCCCAACCAUGACCUCAUGCAUCGAGUGCCAACUGGAUAUGCACGCUCCUCGCGCGGCAGUCCCUCUUUGCACACUUGCUACUAUUCCACGUCAACCGCAACAUUGUAUCGAAUGGGCGCAUAUCAUCGCCUGGGACGAGGAGCGCAAAGAUAUAACUCUCGACACCGACGACCCGGAGCACAUCACCUGGCUGUUCAACAAGGCUUCCGCUCGUGCCAAGGAGUUCAACAUCGAAGGUGUUACCUACAGCAUGACGCAAGGUGUCGUUAAGAACAUUAUUCCGGCCAUCGCGAGUACGAACGCCAUUGUAGCAGCCAGUUGCUGCAACGAAGCGUUUAAGGUGGCGACAAACACCGCUCCAUUCAUGGGUUUCCCCGGUACAGACAACUACAUGAUGUAUACUGGCGAUGACUCCGUCUACACAUAUACAUUUGAGCACCAGAAGAAAGAUGACUGCCCCGUCUGUGGCGCUGGCAAUAUUGCUCGUCCUCUCCAAGUUCUUCCCGGUAUCACGCUGCAGGAGUUCAUUGAGGGACUGGCAGAGCGACCAGAAGCUCAACUCAAGAAGCCCUCCAUUCGUACAGGCGAGAAGUCACUCUACAUGCAGCUCGCAGGUCUCGAAGAACAGACGCGACCCAAUCUAGAGAAGAAGAUGGUCGACCUGGUCGAAGAGGGAGAGGAGUUGCUCAUCACGGAUAGGAGCUUUCCCACCCAGUUCAAGUACAAGGUCGUAUGGGCAUCCAAGUAG